GAGACGGUGCUCAGCGUUAACGCUUCUCGACGUUGUCGAUUAUAGUUCAACAAGUGUAUCUGGUCAAGAAGAAUCUCGUCAUAAAAGAAAUGUCACAUCUCAAACAGUGGAGAAGAUAUAGAACUGAAAUAAAUUCUUUAGCUUUACCAACCAACAAUGAAUCUGCUGCUAUUGUUUGUGGCACUGUUGAUAACAUUGAAACUAAGGGUAAUUUAUCUCCUACUGUUACUAAUAGAGACACUGUGACCAACACAGAUACUACUGUUACCUUGGAAGAUGACCUGGAUAAUAAUGUAGAUAAUCUUCCAGCAACUGUAUUAGAAUUUGAUGGUACUGAAAUUCAAACCCACUCGCUGCUAUCAGAUUCUUCUAUAUUAGAAGAUAGUUGUGAUAGUGAUGCACUUCCAUGUGAAAAUACAACUGAUGAAGAAAUUGUUCCUGAUUUAACUUCACAACUGGCGGAAUGGGCAGUUAAAAAUAACCAAACUCGCUCAUCCAUCAACGAACUCUUGUUAAUAUUAAGGAUGCAUGGGCAUAGUCUCCCUAAAGAUGCUCGCACCUUAUUACAGACUCCAAAAAUUAUUCAAAUUAAAGAGAAGUGCAAUGGUACCUAUCAGUACUUUGGGCUGAAAUCCGGUAUUUCCAGAGUUAUAGAACAACAUGGUGACUUUUUCAGGAGAGUAGGAGUUGCCUCAUUGAAUUUCAAUGUAGAUGGAAUGCCUCUCUUCAAGUCAUCAAGUCUGCAAUUAUGGCCCAUUUUGUGCAGUGUAGAAAAUCAUGAACCAUUUAUUGUGGGAAUUUAUUGUGGGAAACAUAAGCCCAGUCCUGUGGCAGAAUACCUCUCAGAUUUUCUUUUGGAAUUGAAUGAAUUGCUUGCAUCUGGUCUGAAUCAUCAAGAUGUGCAAUUGAAAAUUGUUCUUGGUGCUUUUAUCUGUGAUGCACCUGCAAGGGCUUUUUUGAAGUGCAUAAAAGGACAUAAUGCAUAUUACAGUUGUGAACGGUGCAUUGCCAAAGGGACAUGGGCUGGACGUGUUGUGUUCAACUUGCCUGUCAGUGGUCUGUGUUCUUUGCGCACAGAUGAAGAAUUUUCCGGGAUGAAAUAUGCAGAUCACCAGAUUUCUCCAUCUCCUCUCAUUGCUCUAGGUGUUAAGUGUAUCACAGCCUUUCCUCUUGAUUACAUGCAUAGUGUGUGUUUGGGAGCUGUGAGACGCAUUCUUAAUUUUUUCAAGAGUGGGCCAAGAGUAUGUAAAUUGUCUCAAAAUCAAAUUGGCAUAAUUUCAGAAAAAAUGACAAGUUUAAAUGGCAAAAUGCCAAGAGAAUUCGCUCGUCAACCUCGGUCUCUCGAAUUUCUUGACCGCUGGAAGGCAACAGAGUUUAGACAGUUCCUCCUUUACACAGGUCCUCUUGUGCUCCUUGAUGUUGUUGGAGAGGAAGUGUACAAUCAUUUCGUGUCUCUUACAGUUGCCUUGUCAAUACUUUUAGACUCCAACGAUUUAAGGCGAAAUGCUUAUCUUUCUUAUGCACGUGAACUCUUAAUUCACUUUGUUUGUUCUUCAACUAACAUCUACGGUGAAACUUUUGUCACAUACAACAUUCAUUCAUUGAUCCACUUAGCAGAUGAUGCAUCAAACUAUGAAAUGAGUUUGAACAGAUUGAGUGCAUUUCCAUUUGAAAAUUAUUUACAGAAAUUGAAAAAGCUUGUGAAGAACGGUAAAAAUCCUGUUUCACAAAUCGCCAAGCGGCUACAUGAACUAAAUUGCUGUAAAUCAGGAACUUCACCAAAUACGCGCAUGUUUGUGUCGGCAUCAAGGAAAGAUGGUGUGUUUUUAUUGAAAAAUAAUUUAUUUGCAUUUGUCAAUGAGAAGAAAAAUGCUGGUUCUUUCUUGUGUACAGUAAUUAGCCAAAGACAGGUCCAAAACUUCUUCACCCAUCCUUGUGACUCCAUGCUCCUGAACAUUGGAUUUUUGAGUGAAGAAUCUAUCUCUCGCUUUGGAAAAAGUUGUUCAAUAAGUAUUGAAGAUAUUGAACGCAAAGUAAUCUGCCUACCAUUUGGUGCUGGCCAACUUCUUUUGCUUCCCCUUCUCCACGAAACUGAAAGACACCUUUAGAUGAAUGGAGAGGAUGCCCAACGUGUGGUCACGAGCGGUUUGGUUGGAGGGGACCAAAGAAACGGAAGGGACCAUACCAACUGCUUGGAUUGAGGGACGUUCCGUCAGGUGGCCCAACAAAGGCAAUGCAGCAGCAUUGCUCCGUGAGAAGCAUGUACCGUGCAGCAGUUGGCUAUCAUUUGACUUGAUCAAAGUGAAAUGCACCUCUGAGAGUCAGCGUACUUGUGAGCAACACGACGAAACGACUGCAGCCGAAAGUGAGGAGGAACCGGAGCCUGCCUACGCCCCGGUUAAGAAGAAUACGUCGUUAACAACAUAUCAGCAUGAAGUUAGUGACAGCGAUGAGUCUGGACUGCUGAAGCAGGCCGCUUCUU